AGGUCGCGCAAGUCCCCCAAGAGCAUCAUCAAUCGUGAAAAUUUAGGUUUUUAUGUGCGUAACCCUUGGUUGGAGGAAAGCGUAAAGUGACGUCACCCUUGGUCGUUGUAAGAAAACGUAAAUUGACGUCACCCUUGGUUGGAGGAAGAGCAAAUUAGUAUCCUCUCGGACAGUACGACCACGCCCAGCCCUUCGCUCCUGCAACAGAACGACUGCGACGUGCAGCCUAUGUGGUUCCGCAGGUGGCCGUGGCACGAGCGGCUGGUUACUGCUUAGUAGGGAGACAACAUGAACAUAAUCUCCACCGCUGCAGCUAAUAAUAUUCCACCCGAGGAUGGUCCUCUGUGUGGUCUUCUCGGCGAGGAGGUCGACACAUCUCCUUCUCCUUUUUAGUAGGAAGACAACUACACGGCACACUUCUGUGUCUCCUUAGUAGCCGACACAUCUUCGCGGCGUUACUUAGUAGGAAGACAACUACAUCAACACCUCCUUCUCCACCGGUGCAGCUAAUCUGGUAACCAAAGCGUGCGCGGUAGGCUUCGCGCUGAUUGGGGCGGUUCGCACGCAUUUGGUUACCAAUAUCGCCCUCCGGGCGCGACCUCAAUAUUCCACCCGAGGAUGGUCCUCUGUGUCUUCUCGGCGAGGAGGUCGACGGCAACGUUCUUUCCCCGCACUGCCGGGGGCACCAGCUGCACCGCAGUCGUUGUUGCACGGCGCUUCUGUAGUUCACUCCUUCUUUUCUUGUUCCUCGGAACUACGCAGAAGGUGCUACUGUUUACCAGAGCGACCACUACUUUCCGGGACGAAGGAAGUACAAGUAGCCGAAGCGACGCGCAGGCCGGCAAGAAAACGACAACCACCACGAGGACACACGACGAACACGAAGAGCAGAAGCUGCCAAGAACUCGUGGGCGGCCCACAACAGCCCCGGUGGCCGAUGACUUUUUUGACGAUGAUGUUCGUGCAGGCGACGAGAAAAACGUGAAAACUCGUGCGCGUGCAAGUUCUUACACAACUUAUCUGCACGGAGAUGCCGUCUUCGACAUCGAAGAAUAUGCAUUGCAAAUAUGUCUGGGUCUGGAACAAUGAUGCGAACUUGUCAUGCGCAUUUCAAAUCGCACGAAGAAUCUGUCAUGCGCGGACAGCAAAAGUGGCCGACUUUGAUGUGUCACCGAAAUAAGAGGGGAAGGAUCAGGCAUUGAGAUACCUUCUCAAGACCUGUAAUGCCAGGGCCUCCAACAUGCGGACAUUUUGUGUCACGGGAAAACAGCAUGACAAACUUCUACGGUCUUCCAGACCCACACAUAUUUGCAUUUGAUAAAGAAAGCAGGACACCCAUCAAGCAUGCCGCUACGCCAGCAGCGUCCGGGCGCGCCGCUCUUGAAGUUGGAGCAGCAGGUACUGGAGGCAUAGAAGAUGCUUAUCAAAGGCAAAAAUGUCUGGGUCUGGAAACUUGUGAUGCAAGGAAGGGAAUAUUCAAUAUUGAGCACACUGUAAUGCGCAGCACCCCAGCAUGACAAGUUUUUCCGUGGUUCAGAGUUGCGUACCCCGCAUGAGAAGCUGCGUUUUUGCAUGACAGACAAGAGGACCUCUUCGCGGGCACGCAAUACAGAGUUUAGAGUCAUGCCAGACUAGCAUGACAAAUCUCGCAAUCUCCCAGACCCAGACAUAUUUGCAGUUCAUAAUGCUCCAGGAAGAACAACCUCCGCCGUGGACGAGGAAGGGGAAGAUGAGAUUCUCGAAAAGCGUGCUGAUGAAGGUGCCGACGUCCUCACGUCUGAGCACCCGGAACAUGAUGCGCAGCAAGAAGCGAAGCCGGAGAUGAUGAAGCAAGAGCGGUCUGCUCUACUUGAGGGCGAACGUGUAGUUGUUAAAAACACCCAGCAUCACCAUCCGAAUCUCCGGGGCGGUAGACCUGCAAGUAGUGGUAGCAGCUUAGCAACAUCGUCAAGGGCGGAGGUCACAUCAAGUUCUAUGGUAGCGCUACAAGAGGUAGUAGUGCGGCAGAUUGAUGAAGAAAAAUCUUCUUUCCUGAAUUCAACGGCGUCAUCAAAAUCGUCGGCAGAAGGUGAAAAAAGCGAUGAACUUUUUAAGUCGUCGGACUUUGUGCAAAAGACUGCUGGAUCCGUCGUGAACACCCGCUUGAGCAGCUCCGGAGAGACGACCAAGAUGAAAGCAAAAGAAAAAGAACAGCUACUACACCAAGAAAAACAACAGCAGCGUACAACGGUGCAAGUCGGAGACCUGCUAGGAUGUGUGUGCAGUGCGGGAGGACCUUCGUUCUCUUUGCCCGAGGCCUUCCUCCGCCAUAAUCCGUGGGCGCGUGUUGAACCGGUUUGCAAGCCGCCGGCCUUCUGCCCCAUAUUUGGGCGACCCUACUACGUCCCGUGGAACGCUCCAGUCUCCCUCGUGGACCAGUUUGGCAAAAGCGCAGGGUUAUUGAAAGCCGCGAAAGAUAACAAUGGCCUGUUCACGUCGCUCAACAGUCUACUAUCACGAUAUCUCCUCGGACUAGAAGAAGAACCCCCGAGAACGGGCGGCCGCUCGCCUGGUGGUGUUGAAGCCGCCGCACAAUCAUCCCCGAGAAAUAAAGUAGCAACUACCUGGCGACAACGCGCGCAGGCGCUGGUCGAGGCCGCGCAGUCUCGAAUCUUCUCGACUCCUACAGAUGUCGUGGACGGACAUGUGGAGCAGUUAUUUCGAGAGCUUGAUGCGGAGUUCGACGCGGAAGUAUCAAAUGCAAAAAUGUCUGGGUCUGGAAGGAUGCAAGGUUUGUCAUGCACGGUUUGCAUGACUCCUGAUGUCUGCGAUGCAUGCCCUAGCAUCACAGAUCUUGUGAGGGCUUUCUGAUGGUGCCUAUACCGUAUGAGAAAUGCCCUCUCGCCGGGGCCAAAACCAGACCUCUUUUGCUGUUCAUGCAAUACAGAUUUUUGGAUAAUGCAGACGCAGCAUGACAAGUUGCAUUCUUCCAGACCCAGACAUUUUUACAGUUGAUAGGAAGAGGGGUUAGACGAUGGACUCGACGUGGUUGACCCGAGGCUGCUUGAAAACCCCCCGCCCGGAGCUUUGGUCAGCCCGGUUGCCGCGGUCUUUGACUUGGACGAGGUGGAUUCCGACGGGAGGGGAACGGGGCUGCGUGGCCGCUGGGACUCGCCGACCAACGCGGACCCGUUUCUGCUCCGCUUCACUCCAGACCUCGACGUCCCGCACUCGCACUACAGAAUGUCCAGAGUCACGCAGUUCUCGGAGUUGUUCCCGCACGACGUCUACCAAGUGCAAAAAUGUCUGGGUCUGGAAGAAUGCAACUUGUGAUGCUGCAUUUGGAUUCCAAGAAAAUUUGUAUUGCAUGAGUACCAAAGGGAAUGCAGUUUUUGCUACGGCGCUGAGAAGACAUUUGUCAUGCGGAAUAGGCACCAAGAAGGCCUCAAAACAUCUGUAUUGCUAGGGUAUGCAUCACAGACAUCAUGGCUCAUGCAAAACGUGCAUGACAAGUGUCAGAAUCUUCCAGACCCAGACAUUUUUACAGUUGAUAACGUCGCACAGCGCACCCCCAGAAGAUCACCUCCCGCCGCGGAACAAGCGGACCCUGGAAAAGGAAAUUUGCAUUCCCGUAGAGAUAAUAAAUCGAAGCAUCGAAGCAUGCUUGACGUAUCAUUUUCAAGUGAUAUUACGGCAUAUGGUGACGUUUUUGUGUAUUUUUUAUUGCAAGGAAAAAUCCCCCCGUCCCAUAUCAAAACGAAAUUUCUGAUGCUGGAUUUGUGUACACAGACCAGCUGCAGGAAGGCACUCUUGCGGCCAGAUCCCCAGGCUAGGUAGGGGCGUAUGAGUCUAGUUCUUCAGCAUGGCAGACGGCUCCCCUUUAAGCCCGCCAGCGUGGCAAAUCGCUUCCCUAAUGGGGCGGAAGCUUCUGCCCUUGUCGUCUUCCAAGACACACUUGAUUUGUGGCCUCAAAUCAGGAGCACAAAUUUUCGGAAACAUAGGUUUUCAAUAUGGGGAGGGGGGAUUUUCCAUUUUGAUACUUUUCCAGUAUUAUUUCCGCAUGGGAUUUUGCGACUUCUGCAGAUCGAGCUGUCUUCGAGGCGCCGCCACGGCUUCACAACAUGUGCUAUCCCACGAAAAGAGUGUAGUUUCACUGUAAGGAUUUUGCAAGUUGUUUUGCAUGAGAAGUUUGAUGUUCUACAUGGCGAAGAAAAUUUGCCAUGCGAGGUUGUUCCUAAGGGAAAUAAACACAACUAUAGAAUCAAUUCCCUGUCUUGCAUGUGUAGUAGCACGACAAACACUUCUAUAGAUGCAUUACAAGUUUACCCUGAAGUAACAGUUUUUUCCUGCGAUAUGUGUGUUGAGUCGUGUAUUCUGUACAUGUACGAAUACGUGACCGGGGGGGACGCGCCGGAAGACAAGAAAACAGAUGAUCCUGCCUAUCAAAAAGAAAAAUCCCCCUCCCCCAUAUCGAAAACGAAAUUUGUGAUGCAGUAUUUGAGUACAGUCUGACUCAUGAUCAGUAUUCUUGAUCAUGCUUACAGUACACAAAUUGUCUUGCUGGAGAGGACUGCAGACCCAUAUCAAGCCUGAGGAGAGAGGCUUUGACUUAGGCGCUUAGCAUGAAAAGCGUCCGUGAUGUUGGCUCAACAGCAUGACAAACCGGCUCCAUAAUGGGACGGAAGCUGCUGCCCUUGUCUUCUUGCAACACAAACGUGAUUUGUGACCUCAAAUCAGUAACACAAAUUUUCGAAAGCCUACCUCUUCAAUAUGGGGAGGGGGGAUUUUUCCUUGCGAUACUGCCAUGGUGCGCGCGCUCCUCCGGGUACAUGGAGCGCUCGUGCGGUACGCCGAAGAUCCUGAGUCUCCCGGCGCCGUCUCCAAAGUGGGGUUUUUUGGCGACCCAGACGCUGUGGCGGCAGUUCUACACGCUCGGGAGCCAGGAGCAGCUCCCUGAAGUUGAUUUUAGGAUGAUCUUGGUGUCCUCUUCACCCCCACGACACGCCUGCCGGAUAGUAGUCACAGCGAGCACAAUGUUGAGGUUGACCCUAUAACCGUGGGAACAGCGAUCGCGAUAGUCAUGUUGUAGCAGACUGGUGGUGUGUAGCUGUACUACUGCGACACACGAUGAAUAAACAAUUAAAAAAAAAAAUGAAAAAAAACUUAAAAAAGUCCAAAAAAAUCAAGAUACUUGUAAAAAAAACCCACGACAAGGAUUCAGAUGCGCUUCAACUAAUAUGGUCACACGAGGACGAUACCCCGCCGACACUUCGCGGAUCUUUCUUAUACUAACUGCAUGCAAGGAUGAGGGGAAAGCGCCCUUGUCACCUAUACAGCUUUUCUUUGCUGUUCUUGUGCACGAGAUGCAAUAGAAAUACUUGAAUGCAAGGUCCAUUUUGAUGUAUCUCACUGCCCGUCGUUUUCAGGCAAUGGUCUUCGGUGAGUUUUUUGCUGGGAUCAUGGUGCAAGCGAAGCAUCGUUUAUUGCGCAGUAACCAGUCUCGGACUAGAGCUGUUGCUAGCAUGCUCCUCAGAUCAAUGAGAUCCAUGAACUAGGUCACAGAACACCGGUAGGUGUAGGAUGUAAAUACAGGGGUCACACUAGUAGGAUCACAGGGAUCACACACAGGACACCACUAGAGUGGUGAGGAUGACACCAAUGGAAUCAUGUGAAACAUGUACACAGUGCCAGAAUGGCUUCUGGUCUUCGGGCCAGUAGCUGUAAGAAUCAAUUGCCCUG